ACGUAGCAGGUAGGUAGCACCCUUGGGCCUCCAUCCCAGAUGUACAGGGAGUACCCUCCUGGCGAAGAUUACGUGAGGGAUCGUACUUGGGAAUAGCAUGUGUCUGGCUCUGGGAAUAAGUCCACUCAGAUAAGUGGGCCCCACACUCACUCUGUCCCCAAGACAGGGGAAUCUGCCGUUGCCAUCGCCUGUCUUCUCUGUGGUGGUCACCAACCACAGGUCAUCCCGCAACUUGGUACUAGGGGCUUUUCACCGUUCCCUCGUGUCUCAGGUUAACCACACCAACGAUGCAUUCACUUUUUCAUCAGAUAGUCUUGCCUAUCUGAUAAUUGCAAGGCAUCCCAGUGCUGAGGAGAAAGCAGCAAACACAACACAGGGAAAUCUUGCAUUCAGGGCGCUUUCGUUCUUGAGAGGGGAAAGAGGCAAGGAAACAUAAAUGAGGAAAGUCUUAGAAUGACAAAGCGGCUUGAGCAUUCCAGAGAAAACGGGAAAGGGACGUGGCAAGCGUGGUAAGGGAGUUUUGCACGUAUGUACAAAUAUUUCCUCUUUACAUGUGUGUAUAUUGGAAAGCCUCGGUGAUAAAGUGACACUUAGUAGAUGAAGGAGGGAGGCACAAGUGUGUGGCACCAUCUGGAGGAAGUGAGGCAAAGGCAGGGGACUGAUGGGAAAGCUCAUUUCCAGCCCACCCUGCUCCCUUCCCCCCUUUGUCCCCUUUCUAGUGACUGAUCCAAAUAUGUCUUCCUCUCUCCCCAUAAUCCCCAGUGUACGUCUCCCCACUGGAAUCAUUUCCGGUCUUUGUCUCCUUUGAACAAAUUAGUGAAUAAAGCUGAAGGGAAACUGAUCAUCUUCACCUCUGCAUCCCCCUUUCUUGUGCUGCCCCAUCCAUCUCUCAGAGGGGUGUUAAUGCUGGGCGGUCAGACCACAUCUGGAGUAUCCUGAUGGCAGUGACGACUCACUUUGGGAGGGAUGGAGUAUCGCUGGAGGUCAUGCUGAGGCCAGUGUCUGGAUGGUUCUGGUACCUGAAAGGGACUGAGCCACUCCCUCGCAAGGCUCAGGGCCCCCAGAUUUGCUACAUGUGAAAGGCUGUCCUGGAACGUGGGCUUAGACAUGCUCCGUGUAGGCCAACGCAUAGAACGACAAGCGAAGUGAAGAGGUACUAGGGAGAGAGAUUCUACACCAACGUUAAUCAGUUCCUUAUACUAGAUCUACUAAAGUGAAGUGAGCUGUCUGGGUGGGCUGAGUUCCAAGUAUCUGGAGAAAUGCAAAUGCAGACAGGAUGUACCGUCUCCUGGGAACGUUGUAGAGAGGAUUCAGGUGGCUUGAUCUGAAAUCAUGUGAUCUAGUGGGAUGCCUGAGGGCAGGUGAUGGGAAUAAAUAAAACUGGGACAUCUCACGUGGGACCAUCUUAGGAAUGGACCCCGGGAUGUUCCAGUUACUUCUGCUGGGCAUAUUCACAGUGCUCUUCAUGGAUGAAGGAGACAGAGUCCUGAUAUCAAAAGGGAUUCGGUUUUGCUAUCACUGUGACUUCUUUGAUGGAUUCAAAUGCCUCACUCACUUGAAAAAGUGCUGGAAGUUCAAUCUAAUGAUAUAUAACAGGAGUUGUACCAUAGAUCACUAUUACUAUAAUGAUAAAAUUACAGGGAGAUAUCUGUACCGAUAUACAAAACUGUCUUGUAAUCCUUGUGAAGAGGGAAUGUUCCAAAUAUACCAUGACUUACUGAGAGAAACAUUUUGCUGCAAUCAUGUUGACUUGUGUAAUAAUGGCAACAUAAAUAUGGAUACUACAGUGAAAUUUGGAAAAGAGAUAGAUUUGAUGGCUGAAAAGUCAUGAGGUAAAUCAAGAUAAACAUGUGCUUAAGAUUUUUAAACUAUAUGGGAAUACACAUCUUCUUAAAUAAUACUCUCCCCCUGAACUAGAAAAAGAGAUAAUAUAGGGGCUGGCUUAGUCAGAAGAACAUGGGGCUCUGGAUUUUGGGUUAUGAGUUCAAACCCACAUUGUGUGUAGAGAUUACAUAAAUAAAUAAACAAACAAACAAACAAAAAAGAGAGAGAAAAAAAGAGAUAGUAUAAAUGGAAACAGACCAUAAAGUAGAAAAGAUACACACAAACACACGUACCAUAAAACAACAUGACUGCACUGACUAAACAUAUCAGCCAAAUUAAUUUAAAAAAAGAUUUUAGUUUGGUAAACAGAGCAAAAUCCAACUCUAUGAUGUUUCAGAAAUAUGGCCAAAUAGUCAGCAUUGGUGGUAUAGUGGUGAGCAUAGCUGCCUUCCAGAAAUAUGGCCAAAUCAAAGCAAUUAAAAAUGUGCAAAUAUAAACGCAUGGGAAAAUAUAUAUGAAAAAUUAAUAUGGAUCAUGAGCCUAUAUUUUAUGCUCCAGAUCAUCAAAAGAGAGAAUAUAUACUUCAUGUUAUUAAAGCCACUAAUCUACAAUAAAGAUAUAAAUUAUUAAAAUUGAGGCAGCCAAUACCACAGCCAUGACUUUUGGUAACAACUCUUCUAUAGAAAUUAUAGAAGAUAUGAUGAGAAAAAGAAAUGCAUGCUAAUCACCAGAUCAUGUGGGUAAAUAAUUAGCAAGGAGAUUAAACACAUAUACAAUACCAUUAUUAAGGUGGAUCUUAUAAACCUACAUCUAAUCCUGAACUCAGAUAAUAGAGUGCCCAUGGAACAUUCACAAAGAUUGGUCACAUAUAUUAGCCCUUUGGAGGAUAGAGUUGAUUUACAUCUGAACUGUAAAAGGCUAUAUUUUUCUCAGUAGAUGCUUGGACUUUUGGCCAGGAUAAAAAAUACAUUUAUGAUGUUCUCUUUAAAGUCUGAAACUCCCCCGGUGACUCCCAGUGUCAUUUUAUUUGCUGAUAUAAAUAAACUGUUUCCCAACAUGGCUUGAUCACAUGGUCAGAGAGGCAUUAUAACCACACCCCACCCUACCAACCACAUGCACCCUCAUUAAGAACUUCUGUUUAAAGUACUCCUGAAGCUGAGAUCCCUCACAUAAAUUGUGAUUGUUCAAUCCAGUGACAGAGGGCAAUCUGUAUGUAUGUAAAUGAUGAGUCCUGGGAGCUUGCACAUGGAAUGUCUCCCAGAUUUCCCUAAAGUUUGUCUGCCCUCUCUUUUUUUUGCUGCACUGUAUCCUUUGUCUUUAAAUAAAGUCUGUAUUCAGUAUGCUCUCUAAGUAUGUUCUUAGAGAAUAUGUAUGUUCUAUGAA